AUGGACAAAGUUUGGAUCAAAUCAUUUUUUGCAUCAAAGAAUCGUUUCGUUACGAUACCGAAUAAGAUUUUUAUGUAUAUGCCAAAUAUAAGUGAAAUUGAUUUCUCGUUCAAUCGGCUGGUUUCACUUGAUUCAUCUUGCUUUGAAGCACCUGAAUUCAAUGACACGCAGCGGCUCGCGCUCAUACCAGAACUUUUUUCGAUAAAUUGUUCGCACAACAAAAUAUCACAGUUGGAUCAAGGAGCAUUUUCAAAUUUGCUGUUGUUGGAGAAUUUGGACUUGGGUGAUAAUGAAAUCGAGUAUAUUGACUACGAAGUUUUCAAGAAUAAUAAAGCGAUACGAGAAUUGAGUUUGAAAAAUAAUCCGUUGAAAAAACUCGAUUUCAACGUAUUUUCACCGGACGUGAAUGUGGUUCAAGUCCACCUUCCAAGUGAUAUCGAGGAGUUGGAUGCAAGUUGCGUGGAGAAAGUAUGUCAUUUUGCUGAUUUUGACGAUGAAGCCAACUUUGAAAAGCUGCAGAAUUUUAACAUUUCGGGCAAUCGACGAAAAGAUAUUUUCAAGUUGAUGAAAAAACUCGGAUCGAAUGUGAAAACAUUGGACUUAUCUCAGAAUUUCGUUGAAGAGCUGACCUUUGGGAUGUUGGAAAAUUUUACACAACUACAUCAUCUAAGAUUGAGCUACACAAAUCUAUCCAAUCUUAUCGAUGACACAUUUCACUAUCAAACGAAGCUAAUUACACUCGAUCUCUCUCACAAUGAUUUGAAGCACCUCAAUUCAGGGGCACUUUCAAAGAAAUUCCGUCAUUUGGAAUGGCUGAACUUGGAAGGAAAUCAAUUAACAACUAUCGACGACCUUCUCGCAACGUAUCUAUGCAGUUUCCGGUUUUAUCGAACACGAAGUCCAAAAAAAGUAACGCUAUUUACUGCCAACGAUCCAACACAUUGUCAAAUCGCCGAAGUUCUAAUCGAUAAAAUUGACAAUGAGUUUGGAAAUGAUUCAGAUUAUGAAGACAUCGAAAUUGAUGCAUCGAACAUUUUUCACCCGGUUCCCAUCAAUUAUCCAAAUACUGUGCUGGAUGAGAACAGAUUUACAUCACCACCUUCACAAAAUAUACCUCUUUAUGCAUAUCGGUCUUAA